AUGGAUCUGAUGCAGCAGGCCAGAGCUUCGUCGACUUUCAAUCCGAUGAAGCUGACGGUCAUCAUAUACGACAAUGAAGCAACAGUUAGCGCUCGACGAGCAGCAUUCCAUCGUGUGGAGGACGCACUGGGGCUGCUCGAUAACAUGAAGUUACCACAUGUAUACUCGGGUCUCGACCGCGAAGGACUCUACCUGGAAGGGGUGCGUCGGGCUCGUGUCAUCACGAAUGACAUGAUAACCCACGGCCACAGUCAUUUCAAGUGGUUGAACGAACGUUAUCAAAUCUGCAAUUCGUCUCCGUUCGGAAUGAACUUUCUCAUGUUUCGCCGAACCAUCGAAUUGCAGGGGACUGCAGAACAACGACGGUACUGGCUGCAGGAGAUCGAUCAGAUGAGGAUCAACGGUGCAUAUGCUCAAACCGAGUUGGGCCAUGGGACUUUUGUUCGAGGAAUAGAGACAACUGCCACCUUCGACGUCGAUACCGAUACCUUCACGAUCCAUUGUCCCACUCCUACAUCGGUCAAAUACUGGCCUGGUGGACUGGGCUUUAGCUGUUCUCAUGCCAUCGUUGCGGCGAGAUUGAUCACACACGGAAAGGAUCACGGCGUGCAUAUGUUCAUAGUCCAGAUCCGCUCGCUGGAAGAUUUCGCUCCCGUACGUGGGGUGGAGCUCGGGGAUUUAGGCAUGAAGAUGGCCUACAACGGAACAUGUAAUGGCUAUGCGCGGUUCAAUUACUUGCGCGUGCCAAGGAGCAGUCUGCUAGCUGCCCAUGCGCAGGUCUCGCGCGACGGCACGUAUUCUCAGGCGCAGGCCAAGGCGGGCACCCUUCCACUAUCCAAAAGGGUCUACUCAACGAUGCUGGAUACGCGGCGAAACAUCGUGCGAUGUGUCGCCUUCGGAUUAGCUCAGGCCGCGACAAUUACAGCGCGGUAUUCCAUUGUACGAGAACAGGGCCGAUUGAUGUUUUCCGAUGCGGCAGAAGAAGAAACAGCUAUCAUAACGUUCAAGUCUCAGCACUAUCGACUGUUGACUCUCAUCGCCCAAUCGUAUGCUAUCCUGUUUGCCGCAAAGGACUUCGAUUUCAGGUACGAUCAGCUCGUCCGUGAACAGGAGAAUGACGACCAUGCGCGGUUGCCAUUCAUGCACGCCCUCAGCACGGGGUUAAAAGCGUGGGCCACUACUAUAGCAAGUGCCGGCGCUACAGAAGCAAGAAAGAUGUGCGGCGGCCAUGGGUAUGUUGCCCUGUCCGGCCUCCCGGAGAUCGAAGGAUCGGUUUCUGCCACAGCCACAUUCGAGGGAGAGAACUAUGUGAUGUGGCAGCAGCUGGUAGUAUACCUGUUCAAACAGGUCAGAGCAUCGUGCGCCGGCCAGGACGUCGACGCCGAAGUGAAGGACUACAUUGGCGGCGUCCGAUCAUACCUCGGUAACGGAGGUUCUCCGUCCAGGAUUCAGAGUUGUGACAAGAAAACACUUUUCGACGGCUCAACACUGGUGUUGAUCUAUAAGAAACGGUCACAGCGAGUACUAGCCGCUGCAUACUCUUCGUAUAGAGAUAUGUGCAAUCGCUGUUCUGCAGCAGAGGCGUGGAACGCCUGCAUGAUGACUAGUCUAGCAGCCGGUCAGGCCUUCGUGGAAUAUAUUGUGUUAGAGUCCUUCGUGAAGCGGACAUCGCCCUCAGCUACACGGGACGCUCCUGUCUCCCAGGCAUUAUCACAUCUCUUCUCUUUGUUUGCUCUGACAACAAUCACAAGUCCUACCCCGUCCUUUGCAGCGGGUUCGUUCCUGGAGCAUGGACUUCUGACACCUGAUGAGCUCAACGAGAUUCGUGUCCAUAUUAAUGAGCUUCUCGCAAGCCUUCUCCCCAACAUCGCUGCUCUGACAGAUGCCUGGGACUUUACCGAUAGCAGUCUCUGUAGCGCGUUGGGUUGCAAGGAUGGAAAUGUCUAUGAGCGGUUACUGAGCUGGACACGGCAGCUGCCGGCAAACAGCGGGCGAGCCGUGGAGAAAGCAUGGGAGGCAUCUGAGGGAAUUGAGGAAUUCUUCAAGGCAAGUCGAUUGUAA